AUGGAACCUCGAAUACCAAUACAUCGUAUCAGACAGUAUGGAAGCAACGAUCAGCUAGUAAAGGUUUCUGUCCUACCAGUCCACGAUAUCGAUUUGAGGCUGCCUGCUGAUGUAGCAAAGACUGGGAGACGGAUCCCAAUGAAUGCCAACAUGCUCGAAACCCCUGUACUACGCCGUAUGGACAAGCGUCGCGUGACGAAUAACCCCGUCCAGACCAUCGAUAUCCAGCCUCAAAUUCGCCGCCUCGGACAGUUCUGCGGGUUCGAAAACUGUCUGGUCGCACACUGCUUACGCCGUGGAGUCGCUUACUCUCGAAACAACGGAAGAGAAUCGCAAGUUUCCCAUGGGUCACAAAUCGGAUAG